AUGUCUCCAGCCAAAUGCGCAUCGACGAAUAUACCUGGCCCACGACACGAAAACGACCUCCUGUACAUCAAGACGGAUGUGCACACUGGUCGCACGUAUCAUGCAACCGACGACAUCCCCGUGGGAAGCACCGUCUUGAGGGCCUCCACGCCGUACACGUACACGAUUUGGAAGCAGUUCAGAAACGAAGUCUGCGCAGAAUGCUGGCGGUACGAAGGAGGGAGACGAACGUUUCUCAAGCAACGGGAUGACAUAGGGGUUACCAAUCCUGCCGGUGGAGCCAACAGGAUGAUCCGGAACGGCACCCGAGUGGAAACUAUCGGAGCCGGCCUCUGGUUCUGCGAUGAAGGGUGCCAGGGAGCCUGGAUUGCGAGGGAGGGCAUGGAGACAAUCACACUUUUUCGGGUGCUGGAGGAGGCGCGGCGCAAAAAAGAAGAGGGUAAGAAAAAGCCGAACCCUUUGGAAGCAGCACAGAUAACGGCGGACAUUGUUGACCAGGCCUGGACGAUGGUAUGCGACAAGGAGAAGAACCUGAAAGAGCGGAAGAAAUGGAGAAAUCUCCAGCUGGACAACUUCGAGACUGACAUGGCUAGAUAUGUGCUGCUUGCGUUGAUCCAUCUCCGUCGCGAGCUGGAAGAAGCAUGGAUACCCUCGCAGAACCAGCAAACCCAAGCCACGGACGCAUGCAUUCGUCGUAAUCUGCCAACGGAUGGGAGACACGACUUACGGUUCUGGGGUGCAACUUGGAACGACUUCACGACCCUGCAGCAUAACGAGCUUAACCACUUGAGAACAUACCCCAAGCUGCUGGAGGACCAGAUCAGGAUAUACAAGGUGUUGAAGGGACGGUUCGCAGAAUCUAAUUCGUCAAUGUCGGAUCACAAGCCGGUGGGGCCGGCCGAUGAAGGUGUCAACAGAGAAGAGGAGCAGAACCACGGCGCACGUCCCGGACACCACCAGGGCGACGGGAUCGGGAAAACUGCUGACAAUGGCGACAUGCUGAUGGACCUGGGAAGCGCAAUUACCAUUGACAAUGUCCGUGCGAUUUUCAGCGUUGACCCGGGCAAUUCUUUUGGAAUUUGGGAGGUGCCCCUCACCGAAGAGAGCGAGUGUUUAGGGUUCGCGGUGUAUCCGAGACCUUCAUUUUUCAACCACCAUUGUUCGCCGAAUGUGAAUAAAGAACGGUAUGGCCGAGGGCUAGCCUUCGUGACGACAAGGUCAGUGAGAGCCGGGGAAGAACUAUGCAUCAGCUAUGGGCAUGCAGAAGGAAUGGGCUGGCGGCAGCGUCAGAAAGAGCUACGAGAAGGCUGGUUCUUUGAGUGUAGUUGUGGAAAAUGCAUAGUAGACAUGUCCACAGUAGACGAAGGCACGUAA